AUGGAAGGGUCGGUGUCGAAGGAGACGCAUUUCCAUGUGACAAUCGUCUCUGAUUCCUUCGAAUCGAAGAUGCAACCCGCUCGGCAUCGCAUGGUCUACGCAUUGUUCAAGGAAGAGAUGGCUCGUGAGGGUGGACUACACGCACUGCAGUUGAAGACGAAGACACCUGCAGAGGACCAGCGCGAGAAGGAAAUGAAGAAGAAGGCAUAG